AUGGCUUCCUUCCAAAAACUUCAAGAAUUACUGCUACCUUGCUUGGAGGAGGAAAUUAUAGACGACGAAGAAUUUUCAGUGCUUUACGAGGCGUAUGCUCCACAAAAUCUUCCAUUUCAGCACUCGGCAUACGAGAAAUUUUCUCUCGAAAACAAAAAUUCUGCCGAAUGCAAGGCUGAUUUUCGCGUCGAUAAAAGGGAUAUCGCAUUACUUGUUGAAGCCUUAAGAGUUCCGCCCAUCUUCAAGUGCUCUAACGGAACUAUCUGCGAUGGAACCGAAGGCCUCUGUAUUGUCCUAAAGCGGUUCGCAUAUCCAUGCCGCUAUUCCGACAUGAUGCCAAUCUUUGGGCGAUCGGUGCCAGAAAUGAGUAUGAUCUGCAACCAGGUGACAGACUGGAUAUAUAAUACUCACGGGCACAAGGUUACACGGUGGAACCAUGGUAUUUUAAACCCACCUUUAAUGGCUACGUAUGCAGAUGGGGUCCACUCUAAAGGAGCAGCCCUUGAUAACUGUUUCGGCUUUAUAGACGGAACUGUGCGGCCCAUUAGUCGGCCGAUGUCAAACCAGCGAGUUGUUUAUAAUGGCCACAAGCGCGUACAUGCGCUCAAGUUCCAGGCCGUCACGCUUCCCAAUGGACUGAUUGCUAAUAUCUAUGGUCCUGUAGGUAAGCCCCAGAUUUUUUUUCUAUUCACAAAGCAACCUUUUUUCCCUUCAUUGCCAUGUUUAUGGAAUUUUUGUUUCAUUGUACUUGCCUCUUAAUUUUGCCGUAUUUUUUGUUGAAAUUCUUUUAGUAAUUGAUAAUAGCCUAUUCAAUUUCUUGUUUCCACGCCAUAUACCCUACGUGCUAAUUAAAUGUAAAGCCUGCAUGACUUGAUUUUAGCGAACAUUAAUGAUGACAUAUACAUCCUUAAUUUGUUUUAAGAGCGGAACCUUUGUUUUCUUUCCUUCUUGUAGAAGGCAGAAUGCACGAUGCAAGAAUGCUGGCAGUCUCCCAACUGUAUGAUGAUUUACAAAACUUUGCAUUUGACCCUGUAGGUAGAGCAAUGUGUUUAUAUGGGGAUCCAGCAUACCCACUCAGGGUUCCAUGACGAGCUUUGAAGCGCGAAAAAAUGUUAUGCAAAUUAGCUGGCUGCACAUUCAAUGUGCAGACAGCUAAUUUGCAUAAGUAAUUCAAAACCAAGGUCUGACAGCUCUAGGCUCUUGAGGUGUUAGCUGAAUACCCUAGGACUUCCGUAAAUUGCCCACAAAAGAGUAACUCAAGCUACCAUAAACUGAAAUGAAAGUAACCGCAAUAUCCGAUUAAAGCAAGUUUUAAAUCUUUUUCUGCUCGACUAACCCUCUUCCGAGACACUUACUAUUUUGGUAAUAAUAAAACGCCAUAAACAUUUUACAUUGCGCCUUUUUCAGUCUCGGGCAGUAAGUUAUAGUAUGAAAUGGAGGUAAACUCAAUAAUUCAGUUUUGUGACUGCCCUUCAACUUUGAAACUAUUUAAGCCGCUUCCUAAAAGGCCGGGAAAAUGUUUUUCGUAUACGCUACCCAGGAUACUACAGGAAUGAUUAGAGCAUUUUUACGAGUUAACUGUAGAUUUCAGGUAUACACUACCCAGGAUACUACAGGAAUGAUUAGAGCAUUUUUGCAAGUUAACUGUAGAUUUCAGGUAUACGCUACCCAGGAUACUACAGCAUCGAUUAGAGCAUUUUUACGAGGUAACUGUAGAUUUCAGGUAUACGCUACCCAGGAUACUACAGGAAUGAUUAGAGCAUUUUUACGAGUUAACUGUAGAUUUCAGGUAUACACUACCCAGGAUACUACAGCAUCGAUUAGAGCAUUUUUACGAGUUAACUGUAGAUUUCAGGUAUACGCUACCCAGGAUACUACAGGAAUGAUUAGAGCAUUUUUACGAGUUAACUGUAGAUUUCAGGUAUACACUACCCAGGAUACUACAGGAAUGAUUAGAGCAUUUUUGCAAGUUAACUGUAGAUUUCAGGUAUACGCUACCCAGGAUACUACAGGAAUGAUUAGAGCAUUUUUACGAGUUAACUGUAGAUUUCAGGUAUACACUACCCAGGAUACUACAGGAAUGAUUAGAGCAUUUUUGCAAGUUAACUGUAGAUUUCAGGUAUACGCUACCCAGGAUACUACAGCAUUGAUUAGAGCAUUUUUUGAGUUAACUGUAGAUUUCAAGUAUACACUACCAAGGAUAUCUGCAACGCAGAUAACAAAAGCUCAGGAACCAAGGGGACCCUGCAUGACCCAGCGAGGCUGCUUGUCUGCGAAAUUUUUUUGAGAAAAGAGCUGACUCUCUCGAGUGUUGAACUAGAACAGAAUAAUCCAGAAUUAUAAUUUUAAACAUCAAUUGCUACUGAUAUAAUUAUUAAGUUUUCUUACCUGUCUGGAGUCUCUUCCACCGAUGUCAAUGAUCUGGGCGCCAAACAAACGCGCGCGGUACAUAUUUCCCGCCACAAAUAAUUAAAAGCACUUUCAUGAGACGAUGAUCAAAAUGCAAAAGCAAAAUAGGAAAGCCGGCGCCAAAUUUCUAGAGGCUAGCGAUCGUUUGUUGGGCGGCGUGUGAUAGAGUGAAACUGACAAAAUAUCGAGAAAUCUGGACAGAAUCUUUUUGUAAUACAUUAUCAAAAAUUAUGUGAAAUACAUCAUCAGAGAACACGUGCGAAAAAAAUAAUUUCGGCUCGAUAUUUUUUCUCGGUAUUUUUCAUCGACAAAAACCGAAACAUUAAAAAUCACGACUUACCAUCAAUUACUCGCCUAAACAAAGCUAAACUUACCAAAGUCGAUAACCAAGUAAGGAUUUCCUACAGAAAUAAUUUGCCACUCUCGUUUAGCAGUGUAGUGGUCGAACUUGACGUAGGUUAAAACGGAUUCGUUUUGCCGGCAUCUUCCCGUUAAAUUAAAGUAGAUUUAACACUUGCCAGGAGUAAUUAGAAAUCUAGCCAUUUUGCUCAUAGCUUCGCAAAUGCAACCAGCGUUAUGCAGUAAAGCGACAGAAACUUUAGCGAAAUAUUCACACGCGACAGUCGCGACAACCUCAGUAAAUCUAACAAAUGAAACAAGAUGCUGAGAGAAAAAAGGGCUUCAUUGAUUGUUUCCGGCAGGCGGUGACAAGUAAUGUACGAGAUUAGAAGACCUCCUGGUCAGAAUUUUUUUUGUAGCCUAAGCCCGUCAUGCUUGCAGGCACCUUUCAGAGUUGGCAUUCUAACAAGAGAUAUGGAGAUGUUUAAUGAGUCCAUGAGUGCUGUUCGCUCAUCAGUUGAAUGGUUAUUCGGAGAUAUU